GGAACUUCAUUCCUCUUCUCGUGUCAGUAUCGGAGAAAUUAUGCCCCUUCUGUCACCAUGAGCUGGCUCUCCAGUUCCCAGGGAGUUGUCCUAACUGCCUACCACCCCAGCGGCAAGGACCAGGCCGUGGGGGGGACCCAUGGCAAGGUUGGUGAGGAAGCCACCCCAAGUCGCAAAUAUGGCCAGUACACUAUGAAUCGGGAAGUCACCAAAGUUCUGGAAAAGCCUCCAUAUGACCGAUCAAGUUCUCAGGAUUCUUUGGAUGAACUAUCUAUGGAGGACUAUUGGACUGAACUAGAGAAUAUCAAGAAAUCUAGUGAGAACAGACAAGAUCAAGAGGUGGUGGUCAUCAAAGAGCCUGAUGAGGGAGAACUGGAAGAAGAGUGGCUUAAGGAGGCUGGUUUGUCCAAUCUCUUUGGAGAGGCGGCUGGAGAUCCCCAAGAAAGCAUGGUGUUUUUGUCAACCUUGACCCGGACGCAGGCGGCAGCUGUUCAGAAACGGGUAGAGACGGUCUCCCAGACCUUGAGGAAAAAAAACAAACAGUACCAGAUUCCUGACGUCAGAGACAUAUUUGCUCAACAGACAGAGUCCAAAGAAAAAGCUCCAGAUGGCACUGAAUCACAGUCAGUCAGAACAAAUGAAAACAAAUACCAAGGAAAAGAUGACCAGGCAUCUAGUCUAGUUGUUGGUGAAAAAGGACUUAUCCCACUGGUUCCUGAUGAGGCACCUGCUUCAGAAACGGACAUCAACCUGGAGGUGUCAUUUGCAGAGCAAGCAGUCAAUCAGAAGGAGAGCUCCAGGGAGAAGACCCAGAGCAGCAGAGGCAAUGACGCUCCAUUACUUAAUUUCAGAUUGCCAAAAGACAAAACGGGCACCACCCGGAUUGGUGACCUGGCACCCCAGGACAUGAAGAAGGUUUGCCAUUUAGCCCUAAUUGAGCUGACUGCCCUCUACGAUGUUUUGGGUAUUGAACUGAAGCAACAGAAAGCUGUGAAAGUCAAAACAAAAGAUUCUGGUCUUUUUUGUAUUCCAUUGACAGUAUUGUUAGAACAAGAUCAGAGGAGACUACCGGGAACUCGAAUACCCUUGAUAUUUCAAAAACUGAUUUCUCGGAUCGAAGAGGGGGGUUUGGAAACCGAAGGCCUCUUAAGGAUACCCGGAGCUGCUAUCAGGAUCAAGAAUCUUUGCCAAGAACUAGAAGCAAAGUUUUAUGAAGGGACGUUUAAUUGGGAAAGUGUCAAGCAGCAUGACGCAGCCAGCCUACUGAAGCUCUUCAUCCGGGAGCUGCCCCAGCCGCUGCUGAGUGUGGAGUAUCUGAAAGCGUUUCAAGCUGUCCAGAGUCUUCCAACCAGGAGGCAACAACUACAGGCUUUGAACCUUCUUGUCAUCCUUCUGCCGGCCGCAAACAGAGACACACUGAAGGCCCUGCUUGAAUUUCUCCAAAGAGUUAUAGACAAUAGAGAGAAAAAUAAGAUGACAACCAUGAAUGUCGCAAUGGUCAUGGCCCCGAAUCUCUUCAUGUGUCACGCGCUGGGUCUGAAGUCCAGUGAACAGCGAGAAUUUGCCAUGGCGGCUGGGACAGCUAAUAUAAUGCACUUAUUGAUUAAGUAUCAAAAACUUCUGUGGACAAUUCCCAAGUUUAUUGUCAACCAAGUGAGAAAGCAAAAUACUGAAAAUCAUAAAAAAGAUAAAAAAGCCAUGAAGAAACUGCUGAAGAAAAUGGCGUAUGACCGAGAAAAAUAUGAAAAGCAAGAUAAGAAUACAAAUGAUGCUGACGUUCCUCAGGGAGUGAUUCGAGUGCAAGCUCCCCAUCUUUCGAAAGUUUCCAUGGCAAUACAGCUAACGGAAGAGCUAAAAGCCAGUGAUGUCCUUGCCAGGUUUCUCAGCCAAGAAAGUGGGAUUGCCCAGACUCUUAAGAAAGGAGAAGUUUUUUUGUAUGAAAUCGGAGGAAAUAUUGGAGAACGCUGCCUCGAUGAUGACACUUACAUGAAGGACUUGUAUCAGCUCAACCCCAACGCCGAGUGGGUUAUAAAGUCAAAGCCGUCGUAGGAGGCUGAAGCUGCAGAUAACCGUGAGGACUUUCUUGGGACACUUGCUGGGUCAGGAGUGGAAAUAAAAGAAAUGGCAGGAGUCUUUGUUCAAAUGUACCCGACUACUGAAUAAUGACACCCUGAAGCCUUAAAAAGUUAUAGAUUUGUGCUGCGGCCGGAAUUAUGUUAGUUAUUAAUAAUAUGAUGAGCCUACAAGUAUCUCCGGAAUGAGAGGAAAGAGGGUUAAUUAGCUUGGAGGCCAUUCCACUCUGUGAAAGGUGCCCAGAUGUGACCAUUUGUUUUACGUGAAAACACUGCUUCCCUCUCACUUUUUUUCUCCUAAAAUCAUACGCAUAGUAAUAGGUGCUUUCUCUCCUUUCCCCCCCCCCUCCUCAUGUCUGUCUUCCUUCAACUAAGGUUUGGGUUUUAACCAAAAACAUCACAAAUACCAGAUAUUGGGCUAGUCAUGAAGACAAUACAUCUUAAAAUAGACUGAACUCAACAGGAUUCCCGUCACUAUCCAAUGUUAAUAUUCCUCUCUGAAUCAUUUGUUCCAACAAUAACAUCCCUUUUCUUCCUGCUGUAUCACAUGAAGUGAUUUGUGUGGUUUUCAGUUCUUCUGACACAUGUGCACAGAACCGUAUCCACCAUCAAGAAAAGAAAACUGUCAGAAACUGCCAAUUAUUACUGAAUGUUCAAUGUUUAUAUACUAAGAAUAAUUAAAAUACAUCCGUGUCGAAUAACUGGAUUAUGGAUAAAAAGAGAGUGAAAGCCAGAUCACGUCGUGCAUGCUGUAUUCGAAGUGAAAUUUGUGAAGUUCUAGCUGGCUUUACCUACUGUCAUAUUAACAUAAAUAUGCAUGGUAGCAUAAUCCAGUAAUGGUUGAGAAUGUAUUCUACCGUGAGAGGGAUUUUUCUAACACAUAAAUAAGACUGCAGGAAGAAUUGUUUUUUUCUGGGUAUGACACUGUCAUAGGAACAAGCUUUUGUUUGUGUAUUCACUUUAAAUAAUCAGAGUAAAUGUAUUAAAGACGCUGUGGCAAGUACUGGUCCCAGGGAUUUUAAUGCACAAACCAUAUUGUGACAAGAGAUGGGCCUCUGAACUGUGAAUAAGAGGAAUGAAGUGAGAAAUGUUCAAUAUUUUAUGAGUUUAGAGUGUAGUAAAUAAAAGGUGAUGUAAAUGAAUGUUGCACAGACUGCGUUUAUGAUACUUGUAGUAGUAUUUUAGGGACAAUUACACAUUCUCAGAAGCUCUUGAUGUCACUCCAAUUAGGAAGGAAAGUGCUGUUAAUGAGAACAGUCACAAAUUUUUAGCGUGUUGUUAACAGAACAGCCUGUGGAUAUGAUCACUUAAAUAACACUGUGGUGAUUUGUGCCAUUGCUUUUUUAUUUAAAAAUUUUUUAUAAUUAAAUGCGUUUUUCUAAAUGAC